UUCGGAGUCACAAGAGAUAUGUUGUCCUUUAUUGUCAUUUGGUUAUUAUCAAUGAAUGUGAAAUGGUGCCAGCCGAUGUAUUUCCUUCUACCAACUACGGUUGGUACCCGAAGUUUGGACUUGAGAGAGGAAACAUUUUACCAGGAACCAAUAGAAGCCACUCCAUUCAUGGAUGACCCCGCCAAGCUAUUCGCACCCAAUGAUUUUUUCGGAGAAUUCAACAAGUUCGUCAACGGCGUCCAGCAGUUCGUGCAGCAUCCGCCGACUUCACUGUACAGUGCGUUCAACCAACUGCAGAGCAAUGCCAAGAAGAACCACCAGAAACAGAAGCCCGUGAAAAACAAGGUGGUUCUUGACCCCUUCGGCCAAAUUUCAUUCACCCUGGGCUGGUCGGCCAACCUGCAGGUGUUCAAUAGCAUCGGUUUCAGCAAGAACCGGAGUCUGGUCAAUUACAAUGCAUGGGCCAAUUAAGGGUUAACAAACCGCUGGGCCAAAGCAAUAACUAAAAGCUAACAUACUUCUGGGCUGCUGCAUGUCAUUUAAGUUGGAAUUAAGCGGAAUUUUAUAUAAUACAAAAUAAAU